CAGGAAUAGCUGUUAAACUUAAUUUAAAUGGAGUCUGAAACUGCAGUAAAUUAUAAAAAGUCAAACUUGAGGAAAGGGAAUAGCAACCGGCAUACUAAUAAUGUAAGCAGGAAUACGACCACAGAGCACACUGAGUGAACUACGAAUUAUCAUUCGAAUUAUAUUCGAAGUUCGAAGGUCACCGAUGAGAGAGCUACAGCACUCAGUCCGAAUUCUUCGAAAAGAGAUGAAUCCAAGAUUUUAUGGUCCAAAGAGACAAAAGUACUUGAGAAAAUAGGUCAGUGCAAAGACUGUUUUAACAAGGUUUUGUUCUCUUUUAAGUCAACGAAGCGGAACAAAAUUAAGAAGCUAAAGUCUGAUGGGAUUCGAACUGAGACUAAUAUUAAAUAAACUCAAGAUUAGUGCUGUCAAGGGGAAGAAGCACAAAUAAUGAGCUCAGUUCCACUCUGAAGCUGAUAUCCUACAGCUCUGAUAAUAAUAUCAAGGCGAAUAAGAUUAAUGAGAAGAAAGUUGAUUUUGUCAGAUAUAAUAAAACUCUUAAGCCAAAGUUGAAAGAGAAUGUUAUGAGGAAAGUGCAUGUCAGGAAGAAGACCAAAAUUGACAAGAUGAUAAAUAAACCUAAUCAAAAACUUAAGAAGAAACCUCUUGAGGGGAAGAAGGUCCACCUAUAUCCAUUUAUUGACCCUGAAGAGAUUUCUGAGUUCACCAUUGAUGAGCGGAGGCAGGGUAUACGAAUUCCUUUGGUUCGUGAGAGGAGAACAAUGCCGGCUGGAAACCCUCGGCCUCUGAUUUCAAAACAGUCUGUUAAAUUUAGUAAUUAA